CCGUACAACUCAGUCAACACUCGUAUCCUCGUCCAUCACACCGCCCACGUCGCCACAAUGUCCGAGCAGCCUUACGACCCCUACAUUCCAUCUGGCCAGACCGGCGGCGCCAGCAGAGAUGGCAACCAGCGUACUGCUGCCCUUCAAGCCGUACGUCGUGCCCAAAAUACUGCAACGCACGUGCACACAGCGACUGACAUACUGUGCAGGNAAAUCGACUCGACCGUCAACGUCAUGCGCAACAACAUCAACAAGGUCUCGGAGCGUGGCGAGCGCCUCGACAGCCUGCAGGAUAAGACCGACAACCUGGCCGUCUCGGCGCAGGGCUUCAGACGCGGUGCCAACAGAGUCAGAAAGCAGAUGUGGUGGAAGGACAUGAAGAUGAGAAUGUGCCUGAUCAUCGGCAUCAUUCUCUUGCUCGUCAUCAUCAUCGUCCCCAGUGUCGUCGCAACAAAACAUCACUAA